CUUAUGAAUAACUUCCAAAGAAAAGGUAUAGACACUGUGGACAUCACCUGGGAGCUUGUGAAAAAAUGCAGAAUGUCUAACCUCCCUCUAGACCUAAAGAAUCUGAGUGUGCAUUUUAAAGAGGUCCCCAGGUUAUAUUUGCAUUAAAGUUUGACAAGUGCCUUUCUAGUGAGUCAUUCCCUUGGAAACAGUGGUCUGCUCAGGUCAGCAGGAUCAUGAUGCCUGGAGAACUGGGGAGGGGAUCCCCUUGUAGAACAGAAAGAAGAGAUACAGUCAUGGAAAUAUUCCGAAUUUUGAAUAUUAUGAAACAACAGGAACAAAGUAUGUUGUGCAAGGAGUGAUGCAUUUUAAGGAAUGGCAUUGCCUUUCCCAGAAAGUGAAGAGAGGAAAUUGGAAAAUUGUGAGUGGACCUUCUGAUACUGCUCCUCCUUGCGUGGAAAAGGGGAAAGAACUGCAUGCAUAUUAUUCAGCGUCCUAUAUUCAAAGGAUAUUCUUGGUGAUCUUGGAAGUGUCCGUAUCAUGGAAUCAAUCUCUAUGAUGGGAAGCCCUAAGAGCCUUAGUGAAACUUUUUUACCUAAUGGCAUAAAUGGUAUCAAAGAUGCAAGGAAGGUCACUGUAGGUGUGAUUGGAAGUGGAGAUUUUGCCAAAUCCGUGACCAUUCGACUUAUUAGAUGUGGCUAUCAUGUGGUCAUAGGAAGUAGAAAUCCUAAGUUUGCUUCUGAAUUUUUUCCUCAUGUGGUAGAUGUCACUCAUCAUGAAGAUGCUCUCACAAAAACAAAUAUAAUAUUUGUUGCUAUACACAGAGAACAUUAUACCUCCCUGUGGGACCUGAGACAUCUGCUUGUGGGUAAAAUCCUGAUUGAUGUGAGCAAUAACAUGAGGAUAAACCAGUACCCAGAAUCCAAUGCUGAAUAUUUGGCUUCAUUAUUCCCAGAUUCUUUGAUUGUCAAAGGAUUUAAUGUUAUCUCAGCUUGGGCACUUCAGUUAGGACCUAAGGAUGCCAGCCGGCAGGUUUAUAUAUGCAGCAACAAUAUUCAAGCCCGACAACAGGUUAUUGAACUUGCCCGCCAGUUGAAUUUCAUUCCCAUUGACUUGGGAUCCUUAUCAUCAGCCAGAGAGAUUGAAAAUUUACCCCUACGACUCUUUACUCUCUGGAGAGGGCCAGUGGUGGUAGCUAUAAGCUUGGCCACAUUUUUUUUCCUUUAUUCCUUUGUCAGAGAUGUGAUUCAUCCAUAUGCUAGAAACCAACAGAGUGACUUUUACAAAAUUCCUAUAGAGAUUGUGAAUAAAACCUUACCUAUAGUUGCCAUUACUUUGCUCUCUCUAGUAUACCUCGCAGGUCUUCUGGCAGCUGCUUAUCAACUUUAUUACGGCACCAAGUAUAGGAGAUUUCCACCUUGGUUGGAAACCUGGUUACAGUGUAGAAAACAGCUUGGAUUACUAAGUUUUUUCUUCGCUGUGGUCCAUGUUGCCUACAGCCUCUGCUUACCGAUGAGAAGGUCAGAGAGAUAUUUGUUUCUCAACAUGGCUUAUCAGCAGGUUCAUGCAAAUAUUGAAAACUCUUGGAAUGAGGAAGAAGUUUGGAGAAUUGAAAUGUAUAUCUCCUUUGGCAUAAUGAGCCUUGGCUUACUUUCCCUCCUGGCAGUCACUUCUAUCCCUUCAGUGAGCAAUGCUUUAAACUGGAGAGAAUUCAGUUUUAUUCAGUCUACACUUGGAUAUGUCGCUCUGCUCAUAAGUACUUUCCAUGUUUUAAUUUAUGGAUGGAAACGAGCUUUUGAAGAAGAGUACUACAGAUUUUAUACACCACCAAACUUUGUUCUUGCUCUUGUUUUGCCCUCAAUUGUAAUUCUGGGUAAGAUUAUUUUAUUCCUUCCAUGUAUAAGCCGAAAGCUAAAACGAAUUAAAAAAGGCUGGGAAAAGAGCCAAUUUCUGGAAGAAGGUAUUGGAGGAACAAUCCCUCAUGUCUCCCCAGAGAGGGUCACAGUAAUGUGAUGAUAAAUGGUGUUCACAGCUGCCAUAUAAAGUUCUACUCAUGCCAUUAUUUUUAUGACUUCUACGUUCAGUUACAAGUAUGCUGUCAAAUUAUCGUGGGUUGAAACUUGUUAAAUGAGAUUUCAACUGACUUAGUGAUAGAGUUUUCUUCAAGUUAAUUUUCACAAAUGUCAUGUUUGCCAAUAUGAAUUUUUCUAGUCAACAUAUUAUUGUAAUUUAGGUAUGUUUUGUUUUGUUUCGCACAACUGUAACCCUGUUGUUACUUUAUAUUUCAUAAUCAGGCAAAAAUACUUACAGUUAAUAAUAUAGAUAUAAUGUUAAAAACAAUUUGCAAACCAGCAGAAUUUUAAGCUUUUAAAAUAAUUCAAUGGAUAUACAUUUUUUUCUGAAGAUUAAGAUUUUAAUUAUUCAACUUAAAAAGUAGAAAUGCAUUAUUAUACAUUUUUUUAAGAAAGGACACAUCAUGUUAACAUCUAGGUAAGGCUGCAUGAUAGCAUUCCUAUAUUUCUCUCAUAAAAUAGGAUUUGAAGGAUGAAAUUAAUUGUAUGAAGCAAUGUGAUUAUAUGAAGAGACACAAAUUAAAAAGACAAAUUAAACCUGAUAUUAUAUUUAAAAUAUAUUCGAGACAUGAAAUACAUACUGAUAAUACAUACCUCAUGAAAGAUUUUAUUCUUUAUUGUGUUACAGAGCAGUUUCAUUUUCAUAUUAAUAUACUGAUCAGGAAGAGGAUUCAGUAACAUUUGGCCUCCAAAACUGCUAUCUCUAAUACGGUACCAAUCCUAGGAACUGUAUACUAGUUCCUACUUAGAACAACAGUAUCAAGUUUGCGCACAAGUAAUCUGUCAGCUGACCUUUGUCGCACCUUAACCAGUCACCACUUGCUAUGGUAUAGGAUUAUACUGAUGUUCUUUGAGGGAUUCUGAUGUGCUAGGCAUGGUUCUAAGUACUUUACUUGUAUUAUCCCAUUUAAUACUUAGAACAACCCUGUGAGAUAAGUAGUUAUUAUCCUCAUUUUACACAUGAGGGACCGAAGGAUAGAAAAGUUCUUUUUCAAAGGUCAUGCAGUUAAUAAAUGGCAGAGUGAGCAUUCAAGUCCAGGUAGUCAUAUUCCAGAGGCCACGGUUUUAACCACUAGGCUCUAGACUCCUGCCGCGCCCCUAUGCAUUAUGUUCACAAUGCCAAUCUAGAUGCUUCCUCUUUUGUAUAAAGUCACUGACGUUCUUUAGAGUGGGUUGGGUGCAUCCAAAAAUGUACAAAAAUUUUAUUAUAAUAAACUUAUUACUGCUUGUAGGG